UCUCACAAUGCUACAUAUGCCUCUCACAUACUGUACCGUGCUGCAGCUCAUGAUGCAUCAUAUAGAAUUUGUCAAAUUGAGCAUACAAAUUGUAAAUAGCACCCCCCCCCCACUACAGUGCAAUAGACAAACUUGGAGCCGGUACUGGAGCACAUCCUUGCUGUCAAGUAGGUCUCCCCACAGGCUUCCACGGCAGUGUCUUAUCAGUCAUAAAUAACCUUACCAGAGUAAUACAAUGCAAGAUGUUAGUACAAAUUCAAAACAAUUUGGGCUUCUUUUUAGUUCAGUUCACACUCUGGCAAAAUAGGUGCGAGAGUUGCUCAGGUUGUCCCCCAAGUUAGAGUUAAAGGAUUAUUCUUAUGGACAUGGCACUGAUCAUGUGGUGACAACUUGCAAAAUACCAAUGACUGACAACUGGAAGCAACAAUCACUUAUUAAUUACUGGACAGUUUUGCCAGGUACCCUGGAUAUAUUUGUGCACAGGUUAUCAGGGAAAAGUGAUUAGUGGUUGAUGUGUCGCUUCAACUUGUCCUCAGCUUAAGAAACUACUUUCUAUUGUGCUGAUUUUGAAAAAAUUGGGUGUAUUGUCCUGAUGAACGGUCAAAAAUACCAGCUCUAUUCAAACUGAUCCAAACAGACGAUGCACGACAGUCCGAACAAUCUUGCCUAUAUUAAAUCAUAUUAGUAGAAAUCAAAUUUUUCAAAGAAUGAAAGCUUCAUUUUCGAACUGUCAGACUUAAUUUUCACAGCCACCGUACUUCAUUUUUGAGUGUUGGUGUUUUAAUAAUCAUAAUAAACACUUGUAAUUACAAAUGGUCCGACGUAUUUCUGAAACCACCUGACUUUAUUUUUCGACGGCUUAACUGAACUUUCCAGUGCUUUCAUUUCCCAUUUCAUUGAUGUGGUGCUGCAAGACAGAGAUACUGCCCCACCCCCUUUUCACCCAAUUGACCAAUCAGAGGGCAGCGUUUUGAGAGACCAUGAGAAGGAAAUAUAGAGGGAUUCAUGAGGGGAAUGUUAUGACGCACUUGGUCAACAGGUAAGAGGAUUACCAGGUGUUUCAUGUAGGGAUUACAGAAAAGUUGGUUUAUGAUUAUCAUGGGGAUGAACACUUUCGAAAAGUUUAAGUUAUGAUCUCUACCAACGUCAAAACACAAGAAGUGUUAUGUUGGUUUGAUAUAUGUGGUAGUGUUGUUUCCAUUAACCAUAUAGUAAUCAUGAGCCAACUUUUCCAUAAUCCCUGCUUAUUUCACCUGGUUAUCCUCUUAUUAAUCAUUGCGUCAUAUUCCCCUUAUAAAUCCCUCUACAUUUCUUCCACAGGCUCCCACAAAAUGCUGGCUUCUGAUUGGUCAGUCGGAGUGAAAAGGGACGGGAACAACCUCUACUGCCACUAUGCAGCACUACUUGUCUAAUUAUGCACAAAAGGGGGGGGCAACAGACAAAUGUAAUCAAACUGUAGAAUACUGAUCAUUGUGUUAAUUUGUCAAUGCAUCUAAUGAUUGCAACGGACAAGUGUCAGCUCUGGUAUGAUUGAUUACAUCACGCAGAGGAGAGUGAAAGAAGUCACUAUUACGGUAGACAACAGUUUCAGACCAACUGACAAUAUGCUAUGCAAUGUAUCAUUUGUCCAGAAUAACCAGCACAGAGACUGGAGGACUAUAUUUCAACACCUCUUGGUUUACUGAGCAGACUAGGGAGACACUUGAUCAAAUAGUCUGAUUCACGUCACACCUCAUACAGAAGGACGUUGUGCCAGUUUCUUCCUUGUCUUGUUUCAUGCAGUGAUGUUAUGGAAUGAAAAUUUGCACGUUUCAACAGCAGGAUGUGGUUUUGAAGGAGGUCAGUGUUUUAUUCACAGGAACUGCUAUCUUUUUCAGAAAGCCUGCGAGAACAGAGAGAUGAUCACCAUGACAUCAAACUCCACUUUCCCUGGACCAAGUCCUGAUGUGCCAACAGUCCAGCCUGACAUAGGCAUCCCUUACUAUGUCGGGGAAACCAUCUUAGCCUUCUGUGCAUUCCUCAGUAAUUCCUUAGUCAUUCUUCUCUUUUCCCUGGAACGUAAGCUUCGUGUAACCGUUUCCAAUGUUCAUCUCAUCUCAUUGGCUAUCAGUGACUUCUGCAUGGGCACUGUCGCUAUUCCCAUUCUCCUAGUAACGUUACAAGGAUAUCCACAUGAGUUCCCUGCCUGCAUCACACUUCUCUCUCUUGUUGUCCUGAUCGCCAUUGCAUCUGUCUUUGCCCUGCUCACAAUGACAUUGGACCGGUAUUACUCUAUCACACAUCCACUGCAGUACAGCGUUAAAGUCACCAAGACCCGUGCAUCAUUUACAGCAUUGCUUGCUUGGUUGUUUGCCUGUCUUCUUGUUCUUCCAAUGCCCCUUGGCUGGCACCACAAACCAUCCCAACCACAGUGCUUCUUCACUGAAGUUGUCAGCAUGCAGUACAUGACGUUUAUCUUCUUUGUAUGUAUUCUGACACCGUUUGUUGUUAUGUGUACUGUGUACAUCAGACUCUACGUCAUCAUACAGAAGCAGGUAUGCACUCCAAACCUUAAACAACUACAAGCCAUUCAUGACACAUGUCAACGUCUUCAAGGCCUAUCAGCUGGUGAAGACACUUCAAUUGUAGUACAAACGGGUCAGCAAUUCCACCUGGACAGGAUAGAUGAGGGAGGGGCUACCUCACAGACCCCACCCACAGUAUCCCACCUUGAUAACUUCCAUCGUAUUAAGCGAGAGAUCAAGACAGCUGCACAUGUAUUUUUGAAGAAUUUUGAAAACGGAAAUCUUGAAAAGGUCCCGUCAUCUCAUCCUGCUCAAGAAAUAUCCACCCGACAGGUAGAGGUUAAUAAUAUUUUGUUCUACCAGACUUCCCCCAACAAACUUGGUUUAAUCGUGUUUAUCAGUUUCAGUUCUUGCUACUUGUUGACAUCAUACCUUCAAUAUUCAGACCACAUGUAA